GGCGUUCCCCUCCAAAAAAAGCCCAACAACUCUGGCAAUCCUCCCUCAAAAAGCUCAACAACUCUUGGCCAUCUCCCCCCAUUUUCUUAAUUUGGGGUCCCCAAAAGUAAGGGGCAUCUUAUACUUGGGGGCGUCUUAUACACAGGAAAAUACGGUGUGUUGAGAAAGACUCUGGCUUUAAUGUGGAUAAUGUAAUUAUAUAGUCUAGUCACUAGGUCGCACUUGGUACAGUAUAGUGGUGGAGUCAAGAUCCACCAGUUGCUUUUUCUGUUACUGUUUAACAGAGGCAAUAAAGUUCUUACCUAGCUUCCUAACUGGUGUGUCAUCUAAGGCUUAAUAACAGUUUAUGGCGAACUCACUAUGUGUAGAUUGUGGUCUUACAUGUAUACUGGGCCCAGUACACACAUCCGAGUCUAAGAUUGCAGCUACUGUACAGCAUACAGUUAAAUCUCUAUAGUUUCUACAGUCUUUUUAUAAAUUUUAUGAUAUUUGCUAUUUAUAAAUACUGCUUUCAUUAGUCUUACGACCUUUGCAGAAGAAUUUUUAGAUCUAAAUCUCCAAAUUCUUUAAUCUUUUCUGUAUUCAAGUCCAUUUAAAAAUGAGAGGUGUUUUUUUGUCAACUAUAAUGGGCUCCAAGAGAAGAUACACUUAAAGGCAAUUAUUUCUGUGACAAUGUGUUAAUUUUUUUUUUAAGGAUCAGCUGUCAUGUGCUGCUUUGGUUGCACCAAUUCUACCUCUAGCACAUUUAAAUAACCACAUAUUAGAAAUUGAUGCAGGGAGAAGUAGGGCCCUGUCUGUUACUUUCAGAUAAGAAUGUAUAUGGUUCAAAUGUUUUCAGGUUACAUGCUGUGGAAAGGGAAAGUUAUUACUUCUCCCAAAGUUUCAGGUGGCUUAAAAAAAUUAAAAAUAAGCAAUACAAACUGUUGAAACAUUGCAGUGAAAUGAGCAUAAACAGCUUUUGAUGAUGUCUACAUUAAUCUGCAUUAAUUAGCAAAUGACAUCACAAGUGUUCUGGGGAGCACAAUAGUUUGCUCGCUAUUUUCUGACACUUUUGUUGGUUCUUAUUGCUUAGCUCUGAUUUUCGUUUUAAUACAAAGAGUUGCCAUUGGUGUAGAAGAGGCCACCAGAUACUGUAAGAAGAGAGUCGUAAUUGCUUUUGGGACUCAUCCACACAACCAUUUGUCUCAUGCCUAGAGAGUACAGAUCUGAGUGUUUUUCCGCUUGACCUGCAAUUUUCAAGCAUGGGUUCAAGUGUUUUCCCCUUUGCUCCUCUCCUUUCCCAGGGAAACACCUUUUUUUAAAGCUAAAUUGGAGCACAUGUCAAUCUAGAGGAAACCUGAUUUGUCGAAUGCUAAAGAGCAGUUUUCUCUGGGGUGGAAGCAGCAGGACAAGAGGAAAUGUGAAUAAUCCCUUAGACAACAGUAGGCUUUCUAAAGAAGUGCAAACACAUUUAUUGGAUUAAUUUUAAACCUCUUCGCAUUUUAUGAUCCUUUCAAUAGAAGUUAUUAAAAUGCACAGAAGAAGGAAGCUGACACACAACAUUGUUUCACAAAGCUAUUCAACAUGGGUAACACUAUACAGUAGUAUUCUUUCCAAGUUACUUGCAAGUCUAAAACAAGAGUCAUAUCCAGACUAAGUUGAGGAGCUGAGUUGUUCAUGGCUCAAUGUCCACUGAAAUUAAUUGGACUUUAAUUCAACUAACCGAGUCUCAGUUCAACCCUAUAGGUUAUUCCUGUCGUACAGACUGCAUUAUGAUUAUGGUUAUUUGUCUAGUAUCUGGCCGUGUUUCUAGAAUUUGCUAUCUCUGCAUUAUAAUCUCACCUAUUGAAAGGUACCGUUUGAGCUGAUAUCAACAGAGGUAGAUUCUGUUUUCUAUAAGAAUGCUGUUUAGUUAAGGUUGUUCCUUUCAAAAUUUGCUUCCUUCACUAUGCAAGCAGGCUUCAAUGGUCUCAGAGAUUAUUUUGCCUGCUUAUAGAUAGGUUUGGAAGCCUGGAAUUUUCAGUUUAUGUUAAAAUUAUUGCCAAUUACAUAUAAUGCAUAUGGCAGAAAAAUAUACUGUAGUGCAUUUUAAAACGGCAAAUACAGUUGAAUAAAAGAGCAUAACUGGGGAUUGGAUGUGUAUCCAAUACCGUAUGUAUUGAGCUUAAUCAAAGUUAAUAGUCAUUGUGAAAGAGGAUAGUUCAUUCUUCUUUCUGUCAGAAAAAUCUAGGCCCAGAACUUGAGAAUUCUAGGGUAUAUAAAAGCAAAAAAUAAAGAUAGAUUAUUGGUAGUUCUCCCCCCCCCCAAGCAAAUAGCUGCUAGAUAUUUUUCAGAUCGACUUACUACACUGAUCAUGAGUCAUAACUAUAAGAGCUUGUCCAGGCAAUCUUUUCAAAGUGUUUUCUAUGCCAUUUUAGCCAUUGUGGAAUAGUCUUACAAGUUCUAAUCACAGAUAUUUGGGCUGUGUGGUGGCAAUAACUACUUGGGGAGUGUAAAAGCUUUGGUGCAACAGGUUAGCUAUGUUGUUGUUUCUCUCCUGCCUUUCUAAAGAAAAGCUGGAUAAGUGGUACUGCAGUGCUGAAGAUGGUGAUUAUUUAGCAUAAGAACAAGUAGUUUUGAAUAGCCCCUUUCUUUCAGCCAUACAAAGUCUAAAAACUAACAUAAAUGUGAGUGUGUAUGUGGAAGGGAGGAGAAAAGGAGAGAAGCAAACAGGCUGAGAGCACGAGAAAAGGCCAUAAAGGGUAACAUCAUUUCUACUAUAUUGAACGAAAGUUGAAGACCAGUUAUAUCUGUUGAUAAUAGGUAUUGCUGCUUUUAACUGUUUUGAGAGACGUAAUUGCAGAUCGUAAAGGGUUUUUUUUUGUUGUUGUCUAGCUCAAGCUAUUAGUGAGUAAGAUCUACCAAAACGUGGAACCACGUUAGCAGUCUUUAGGCUUAAAUAGGGGUGUGGGUGGCUCUGUGGUCUAAACCACCGAGUCUUUUGAGCUUGCUGAACAUAAGGUUGGCACUUUGAAUCUGCAUGACGGGGUAAACUCCUGUUGUUUUGUCCCAGCUCCUACCAACCUAGCAGUUUGAAAGCAUACCAGUGUGAGUAGAUAAAUAGGUACCACUGCGGUGGGAAGGUAAAUGGUGUUUCCAUGCUCUCUUGCUUCCUUUACGGUGUUCCAUUGCGCCAGAAGUGGUUUAUUCAUGCUGGCCACAUGACCCGGAAAGCUGUCUGUAGACAAACACCACCUCCCUCAGCCUGAAAGCAAGAUGAGUGCCAAACCCCCAUAGCUGAAUUUGACUGGAUUUAACCGCCCAGGGAUCCCUUAGCUUUUUUUUACCUUUAGGUUUAAAUAGGACCUAGUUCUAUUGAACGUAGUCCUCUUGACUGUAUCAUCUGUUUUUGAGGAUAAAUAGAUUUUGUAUCUUUAUAGGUUUACUUGGAAGCAAGUCCUAUUGCAUCUAUUGGGACUUAUUUCCCAGAAAGCAUGCAUAGAAUUUUAGCCUCUGCUUCACCACCGUGAAGCACACAGCAUUCCAUGAUCUAGUACAGGCAUCCCCAAACUUUGGCCCUCCAAAAGUUUUGGACUACAAUUCACAUCAUCUCUGACCACUGGUCCUGUUAGCUAGGGAUCAUGGGAGUUGUAGGCCAAAACAUCUGGAGGGCCGCAGUUUGGAGAUGCCUGAUCUAGUAUUUUUCCCCUAAAGGGAAAAAGUUCAUGCGGUUCCAACUAGAAGUGUGGGAAGAGUCCCUUCUGGCUCAUUGUUUGGUGGGAGUUCAUUUGAGUGGGGAGUUUACAGAUCUUGGCUGUUGUAACUUCUGCAAUUCAGAUGCACAGUUUUCAGCCUUCGAAAUCACGGAAAUUGUUAUCACCAGGAUCUCUGAGUUCCUGGCUUUUAUAUUAUGGUUGUUCAAGUGAAGGAACGCUCAAGUAUGACCUGGAGAGUUCAUGUGAAGGAACAAUAUAACCUUCAUCUACUCUAGGUUGGGUUUUAGAUAAUUCUUCUCUAAUGCCCAACAUUUCCCAUGUGUCCUACUCUGUUACUGGUGCUUUUUUAUAAGUCCACGAGCAACAGCAUCUUAAAAUUAUUAUUACAAUGGCAGGUAGCACCAUGGCUUUAUAAUAGGUGCUUUCUUGCUGCUUGAGGGUUGGGAGACUCUCUGAAACAGCAUUAGAGAAAACUAGAAGAAGCUCGUUUAUGGAUGAACAUAGGACUUUUAAAUUCCAGUCAAAUAUAUAACCCAGUAGUUAUCCAUAUUUGUUUCCAGCUUUAAGCAAAACACACAGGUGGAGAAUGCAGAUAACUAGAAAUGUGACAGUUUUGAUAUUAGCAAAGUUAGAUAUAGAUUUUAAGUGUUAUGCCAGAUGUAUUUCACUUAAGGCUAAAAUCCAGGCAACUGCCGGAUUUUAUAUUUUCAAAAAUUGGAACCAUUAUUUCUUUCAUUUUCCCAGCAGUCCUAGGUGUGACCUGAAACCUACACAGCACAGUAGAGCCUAAUCCGAUUAAAUCUGCUAUCUCUUCCUAUCCUCCUAUUUCUGGCUAAAUUUAGACUUCGCAGCAUCACCAUCUAACCCAGUUUUCUACUGUACCUCUCUCUUCCAUCCACUCCCCUGCCCCUCCCCCAAUUUGCUUAAUAUCCAGUCUGAUUAGGAGCUUUGGUGAACUCAGAAACUAUUUUGUAUAUGCACCAUGAAUGAACCAACUUCUAGUGGAAGUGGGCAAGACUUUGAUGUAUUUAGUGUAAUGGACUGGAAGGACGGAAUUGGUACCUUGCCUGGAAGUGAUCUGAAGUUUCGUGUGAAUGAAUUUGGUGCCCUAGAAGUAAUCACUGAUGAAACAGAGAUGGAAAGUGUUAAGAAGGCUACAGCUACCACAACCUGGAUGGUGCCAACUGCUCAAGAAGCUUUCUCAGAAAGGACAGAAGUACCACAAAAAUUGAAGGAAACUAGCAAGGUAGACGGGCUUCAUUUCUGUGAACAUUGUUUUCAUUCUGGAACCAUAGUGGACUUUGUAUCUGGAGAAAGAUCUUGCAGCCAAAAAUGUGCACAUCAGAUUAAAAACAAAGAGCAAAGGGAGGACAAAGAUGUAUCCGAAGUCAAUGAUGAGGACUGUUCCAAGGGCACUCAAAACAGAAAAACCAAAUCGCCCUCAAAAGGAGAAUUUAUGGAAGACAAUGUCAAGAAGUAUGAGGAAAUGGAGGAGAAACCUGAAGGGAGGAUACUAAGAGUCUCUCAGAGAGCCACACGGAAAAGGAAAAGAGAGAUGGCAGUUCUAAAACAGACUUUGAUGUCAAAGGCAAAGAAAACAUGGAGUUGGUCUUCGUAUUUGGAAGAAGAAAAGGCUACAGCAGCACCGCCUAAGAUUUUUAAAGAGUAUCAAUCCUUCCCAUACAACAAAAAUGGAUUCAGAGUUGGAAUGAAACUAGAAGGAGUGGACCCUGAGCACCAGUCAAUGUAUUGCGUGCUUACAGUAGCUGAGACUUGUGGUUACAGAAUUAGACUUCACUUUGACGAAUACCCAGAGUGUUAUGAUUUUUGGCGGAAUGCUGAUUCUUCUGAUAUUCACCCAGUUGGUUGGUGCGAGAAAACAGGACACAAACUUCAUCCACCAAAAGGAUAUAAAGAAGAUGAAUUUAAUUGGCCCUCGUAUCUGAAGAAAUGUAAGGCUCAAGCUGCUCCGAAAUCCUUGUUUGAAAACCAAAACACAACGGUGAUUCCAUCAGGGUUUCGAGUGGGGAUGAAGCUUGAAGCAGUAGACAAAAAGAACCCUGCAUUCAUAUGUGUUGCUACAGUAACUGACAUUGUGGACAGUCGUUUUCUGGUUCAUUUUGACAACUGGGAUGAGAGUUAUGACUACUGGUGUGAAGCGGCUAGUCCACAUAUUCAUCCAGUUGGCUGGUGUAAAGAGCACAGAAAGACCCUUGUAACCCCUCGAGACUAUCCACAUGCCAAGCAUUUUUCUUGGGAGAAAUAUUUGGAAGAAACUAGUUCUUUACCAGCACCUGCCAGAGCUUUUAAAGUGAAACCUUAUCAUGGAUUCCAGAAGAAUAUGAAACUUGAAGUAGUUGACAAGAGGAAUCCUGUGCUUAUCAGGGUAGCGACCGUGGUAGAAACUGAUGACCAUAGAAUUAAAGUCCACUUUGAUGGCUGGGAUAGUAUUUAUGAUUAUUGGAUCGAUGCAGAUAGCCCUGAUAUCCAUCCUGCUGGCUGGUGUGGGAAAACUGGACAUCCUCUUCAGCCCCCACUUAGUCCUUUGGAAUUGGUAGAAGCUUUAGAACAAGGAGGAUGUCCUACAGCAGGCUGCAAAGGAGUUGGACACAUAAAAAGAGCCAGACAUACGGGCCAUCACAGUGCUCUCAGCUGCCCAUAUUCUGAGAUAAAUCUGAGCAAAGAACAUAUCCUUUCAGACCGCUUAAGUGGAGAGAUGCCUCUGAGUAUUCCGCCUCUGCAUUGGAACCGGAAGCCAGAAGCAAAUGAAAGAUCUGCAUCUCCUGUAAUCAGUAAUAGAAAAUGUCCCAGUCCCGUUGUCCUAAAAUCUUCAGCUCAUCUCCAUUCAUCAAAGCAGGAAGAUACAGAGGUGAAACCUCUUUGCAAAAAGCCUCUAAUGUUUGAUGUCAAAGAAAAGAACUACAGGGGAUGCCAGGCAACUAAGGAUUUUGCAAAGAAGGACAGCUGUGCGGUCAGGAACAUGGAAAAUGAGGAGUCAUCUCUAAAUGAAUCCAAAGACACCAAGGAAUCCAAUAACAGUAGUUCCCAUCCUCAGCCAGUUAUUUUGACUUCGAAGUUGACAAUCCCAGCCUUUCCAUUGCGAUGGGAACAGCAGAGUAAACUCCUUCCUACUGUGGCUGGAAUCCCUGCCAGUAAAGUUUCCAAGUGGAGCACAGAUGAGGUGUCAGAAUUCAUACGGAGUUUGCCAGGCUGCGAGGAACAUGGCAAGGUGUUCAAAGAUGAACAAAUUGAUGGAGAAGCUUUCCUUCUAAUGACCCAAACAGAUAUAGUAAAAAUAAUGAGCAUUAAGCUAGGACCAGCCCUAAAGAUCUUCAACUCAAUCCUGAUGUUCAAGGCUGCCGAUAAGAAUUCGCACAAUGAACUCUGAUGGAAAAGUGACUACAGGGCAGCUCUCUCCAUUGCAGCUCAUGUUUUAUUCAAAGCACAAAGACUCCAAAGGAUCAUCAAGGAGGAACUCUCCAAGGCGGAAAAGUCAGAGUGGAUGGAGUGUUGAUUUUCUCCAAGAGCCUAAGCAAAGUAACACUUCUGGGAAGUGCUUAAGCUUUUUAGUAAGAUGCUCUUACAAAAGAGUGGGUACUUAAUGUUUACUGGCUGAUGGCUCUAUUUUCCCCACAACUAGCCAUCCUUAAUUUUAUCGGGGAUCCAUUAACUAAGUUAACAUACUAAAAUUAUGGAAAUAUCCUUUUCUAAGGAGACACAAAAUACACACUUCAUGAAUUUACUUCUUCAUCAGUGAAUUCCUUUGUAUUGUUUCAUCAUUUUCAUUUAAAAAAAUUGUUCACAGUUUAAAAUAAGUGAAAUAUAGUUAGUUAAUGAAGACUGUUAACAAGUCGUCUUAGUUUCACACAGCAGCUCAAAUUUAACACUUUGCUGUGUACAAUUAAUCUGAUUGAUUUAUUCCGUUGUAUGAAAACAUUGCUGGAGACCAAUGCUUUUUUUGUUUUUGUUUUUUUGCAUGAUUAAAGAAGUUUAAUGAAUAUUUCCACCAGCAUAUUUAGUAUUAAGUUACUAAAAUAAGAACUACCAACAAAAGUAAAAUUCAGGAUCUAUAUAAUUGUUUUAUGUUGCAUUAUAAUAUUUAGUCCACAAAUCUAAGACGAAAAUAGAAAUUAAAUUCUACAACUAAAAUGUCCAAUUCCUUGGGGAAAUUAAAAAUCUAUUUGAGCAGGAAUAAUGCAUUACCCUCAGUAAUUUAAAGAUAGGAAUAGAUAGGACAAGAGAUAGGGAAAAGCCCAAGCAGACAGUCAAGUAAAAUUUAUGUUACAGCUAAGAGGAAUUUUUCACUUGUAAAAGUGGUGGCCUGGCGCCCCGUGCCACUGGACCUGGGCCUAGAGACGGCCCUGCUUCAGAGCAGGGGGAAUUCGUGUGAGAGAGUUUAGGGGGUUCAUUUAGCGGCUGCAGCCGCCGCCGCA